AUGUCGACCCGCUCCUACCAGGGCUGUUGGACAUGUAAGCGACGGCGUCGCCGCUGCGAUAACGCGCGCCCUACUUGUCAGAACUGUGCUGAGCGCGGGGUCGUGUGCGAGGGCUACGAGGUUCGGCUGCGCUGGGGCAGUGGCAUUGCGUCGCGCGGCUAUUUUACUGGUGCUGCUAAGCCUGUCAAGGGUUCUGCGCCGAGCAGGCCGAGGGGUCGCCAGAGGGAUUUGAGUCGGGAGAGGAAGAAGCGGGAGACGGAGGGACUGGGGAUUUCUUCUGGAUCUGACGGGAAUCGGGCUUUGGAAGACAGUCCAACAAAUGACGAGCAGGUCGUUGAAGAUGAGGUUCUUUUUAACAAAUUUAUGAAUGAUGGCAUCAAUGCCCUACAUUCCACGACAGCAAGAGACAGUAUGUUGCACGACCGUCUUCCGCAACUAUGUCAAGAAUCCAGCGCACUGUAUUCUAUCUGCAUUGCAUUCCAACUUGCAUUGACAAGCUUCGCCAUGCCGCGCUUCUGCGAGUACUUCGACACAGCCCUAGGAACAUUUCGAUCAGAACUGGCACGUAGCACAACCCUUUCUGACGGGACAUUGACCUCUGGGCUGCUGCUGUGUAGCAUUGGCUUGAUGCAUGGUUUGCCUUGGACUAUGCAUCUAGAAGGCAUGCACAAUAUUCUGCAAAGCCACGGCUUAAACGAUACACAUCGGCCAUCUACGCCAACCCAUUUCAGGAUUCAUCUACUGGAGGUCAUGGGAGUCAUGGAUUUGGCUAGCUUUUCUAUUGGUCGCCAAAGCCCGCGUAUAGGCAUCUGGCGUCGCUAUUGCCAACCUGCUGCUCCUAGGUAUGGCAUUGAGCCUGUGAGUGGUAUCCCGCGCACCUUAUUAGACAUCUUCGCGGGAAUAGGGGCAGAGGCUACGGAGCAGACGUUCUGGGACUGGCCGGGUGAGCCGGGCAGUUUUCUACAAUGCUAUCUCUGGGAGGCACAUCGGUUAGCUGGUAUUUUGGCUCUUCGCAGAGAAACGAGAGCUUCUUUUCCUAGCCAGGGCGACACUAGCACCUCGGCAUGGCGACAGCCCGCAAGGUGCCCGGCAGAUACAACUGUGCUUGUUACACGAAUUAUGGCUUCCCUCGAUGCCAUGCGCCUCGCAUUUAUUGAGCGUCCAACGGAAGAUGCCUUCAUCAAGAACGCGACCAUUUUUCCUAUGUUUGUGGCUGGAUUAGAAGUCAGUGUGUUAUGUCGCAAACCAGAAUGGCAGCAGGCUAUCCGUAAGGAGUUUUCACAAUCUCAUCAAUGUCAAAUUCUUCUGAGUCUGUUGGAAGAGCUAUGGAGAAAGGGGGAUCCAGCUAUUGAUAUACAUGAACUGGCUCGCUCAAAGGGACUCGAAAUGGGCUUGUUAUAA